UGAAUGCUACCAUUGUCAGACACUUGAUCACAUCAGUGAUCUAUUCAAGAAAGUCCAGUCCAGCCAAAAAUCCUUUGACCUGAUGAAGUGGGUCUUGGUUCCUUAUCUGAGUCAGGAUCUGCUCGUUCAUCCUGACCAUCAAGAAAAUGCUCCCAUAAAAAAAGGCGACUUCCCGCUGUCGACAGAAUUGGUGGCAAAAGCAGAGAAGCUACUACUUGAAAAUGUGCAGACAGAGGUCAGAAAAUGUCUGGAUCAAAUCCUGCUGACUGACAGAAACCAAGACGUUUGUGACAGUGAGGAAUCUUUCAUUGGACUUUAUGUGGACAUUAUUCAGUUAGUCAAUGUCAUGCCUGAACAAGCACAGGAAAUCAACUCAAAACUGUCUCAUGAUAUCCGAGAAGUUUGUUUCCAAGAGCUGAAGAUGUUUCUGGGGAGGUACACUGCUGAGCAGACUGAGAUUCUUGAGAAAAAAGCAAAAAAGGCCAUUCCAAAUCAGAUACGCUUCCUCAAGACUCUGAAAACAUGUAAAGAAAUUAAGGAGUACGUCCAGAAUAAAAGUGAUGGCAUUGAAGAUUCCCUUAUCCAGGAAAUUGAGGCAACGCUUGAAAACAUGGAGGAUUUUACUUUGAAACUUCUGAUGGAAAUUGUUGCUGACAUGACAGAGAUGCACCUUCAGAAUUACUUUAAAACCAAGUACGGUCAAUUCUUCUUGAUAUCUGAUGUAGAGACACAUUUCCCUAAGGUGUCGUGGUGUCCGGACAUACAAAAGAGAGUGAUGGACGAGGCCUACAAGCUCAUUGCUCACACUUACCUCAAACAUCUCGUCCGAAGCAGCCAAAGGAAACUGAGAAAGUGCUGGAGUCCUGAUGUUGUACAAAAAGUCAUUGAAGAUGCAGAGCUUCUUCACGACACCAUCUCAAAACUGGCCCCUGGUGUUGAACAGUGGAAGCUCCCAGAGCUGCUGGAGGAUAAAGACAUCGAGGCAAUGAAGAUCACAGUUUGGGCAAUUCAGCAUUCCUGCUACAGAGAGGAUGAGGAGCUCCUGUCCACACUGCUAGUAUGGAAGGGUCUCUCUAAAUCGCAGACUAAGCAGGUGCUAGGUGCUCUUCCUGAACAUGAACCCAGGCAGACGAACUUUUUAGUAGAGUGCUGUUAUUUAUAAUGAGCUUCUCCACAGAGGAUCAACAGCAACAAGCAGAGAAGGGGACAGAGCUGAUUUUCCAAAAUGUUCGCCCACUCAGUUUCUGCUUUCACUCUCUAAUCUAAAGACAAAGAUAUGAUUUUAUAAGCUUUGA